AAUAAAAAGAUACUAAAAUUAUAAUUUGUGUAAGAUCAUGAAUUAAAAUUAAAAAUUAAUAAAAAAUGUCAUGGAAACGAUUGUAUCUGAACAGCGAUAAAUAUACAUACGAAUAUUUUCGUCAAGGGAAAGUAUGUAGAAUCUGUUGGCAGACGAAUGCGUCUAAAGAGAUCACGAAUGUAUGCGAUAAAGACGUUAAAAUAUCAUUACUCGAUAAAAUCGUUUACUGUUUGAACAUUAAAUUAUUGCCGUGGCCCGACAUCAAUGGGAUAUGUGAGGAGUGUUGCGACGAAAUCGAACAGUUUUACGAAUUCAAAACCUUCUGCAGCAAAGCAGACAACAAACUUCAGGAAAUCUACAAGAUCGGCUUCGAAGCGAAACGCCAGGCCGACAUCAAAAUAGAGACGAACGAUUUUUUGAAUUUGGAAUCGCCGCAUUUGGAUUCCGAUUUCGAAGAGAAUCACCGGCCAGCUACAGAGAAAAAAGUAAAGAAAAUACGAAUGAAACAUAAAGCCCCCCAUUCAUCGUCGUACUGUACGCUGUGCUUGUUGGACAUGGAGAGCGUUGAGAAAUUGAAGUCGCACAAAGCAGAGGCUCACGGAAUAGAAUUAGACGGAACCUUCAAGUGUUUCGGCUGCGAGAAAAAAUGUAAGACGUGGAAAACGAGACAGAGUCACGAGAUAUAUUUCUGUAAAGGCCUUAAAGAUGGAUUUAAGUGUUCGAUAUGCAAUCGGUACUUGCCGAAACGUAGGACGUACGAGGCUCACAUCAGGGACCACAUACACAACAGGAAGAUAAAACUCCCGGAGAAAUUGUUCAAGUGCAACAAAUGCUUGCAGUGCUUCAAAACGAAGCAGAGUCUAACGGAACACAGCGAAGAACACCAGGAGACGAAGAAAAACUUUGUAUGUGACGCUUGUGGAAGGGUAUUUUCUAGACAAGACUAUCUGCACAAACACAAGCUGACCCACACAGGAGUCAGGAGAUACGGCUGUCCGCACUGCGAUUUCAAAGCAACGCAGAGAUCUUCACUUACAGUUCACAUCAGGAAGCACACGGGUGAGAAGCCGUACAGUUGUGACGUGUGCCCACAGCGGUGUAUAUCCAGUUCGAACCUGCGGGCUCAUAGACGGAGACACCUCGGUCUAAAGAAGUUUGAGUGUCCGAUCUGCAACAAGAAGUUCGGUUACAAGACCAGCUUAGAGGAGCACGUGUCUUCGAACCACGGCCGCACCGAGCAGCACACCUGCGACCACUGCAGCGCCACGUACAGCCGGAAGCGAGGCCUGCAGCGACACCUGGCGGCGAAGCACGCGAAACAGAACGGAGCCGCAAUGGAAAGCGAACCGAACCCGCAAGACAAUAAAAACGAAAACGCAAUGAAAGGUUACGAUUUGAAAAUGGAAAAGUUCUGUUGGUAGUUUGGUCUUAGUGUUGACAUUAGCUUGAGUGACGUAUUGGCGGCGAAGCACGCGAAACAGAACGGAACCCGCAAUGGAAAGCGAACCGAACCCGCAAGACAAUAAAAACGCAAUGAAAGGUUACGAUUUGAAAAUGGAAAAGUUCUGUUAGUAGUUUGGUUUUAGUGUUGACAGUAGCUUGAGUGACGUGUUGGCGGCGAAGCACGCGAAACAGAACGGAACCCGCAAUGGAAAGCGAACCGAACCCGCAAGACAAUAAAAACGCAAUGAAAGGUUACGAUUUGAAAAUGGAAAAGUUCUGUUGGUAGUUUGGUUUUAGUGUUGACAGUAGCUUGAGUG